UGAUUUCAUACUUUUAUUAUAUCUAUCAAUUAAAAGGGAAUGGCCAGGCUAUGUCUAUUUCAUGGCCUGUUUGUAUUCCGAAGAAAUGAGGUUCUGCUAUCCGUUUAUUGAAUUUCUUUCUGUUACUCAUAUCUUCAUCAUAUCAUAUCAUCCUGAGACACUUUCAGUACCCACUAUGCAUUUUACUUUCUCUGCUGGAAUUUAUAGGCUUCCAGUGGAAUUGGGUUGUGCGCAGUCUUUGAUGCCACUGCACAGCGUUACUGCUUCUGCACUGUUCACUUCCAUGCUGUCUUUAAAGCCUGGAAACUGGGCAUGGCUCUCAGAAGAUUGGUGUGCAAAAUCUUAAUGAUUAGAGCAUCUACCCAGUGCAUUUCACAUCCGGCAUGGGCAGGUAUCAUAUAUAAGUAUAUGAUGUGAACCUCAAAAAUUGCUCGAUAAACUUGUUCCAUAUCAUGUGUCUUUAUCACAUAA